GCGCACAGAGAGAGAGAGAGAGAGGUUACGGAAAUUUUUUUUUGAUGGAAAGAAAGUUUACGGAAAUGGCGGAGGUGGAUUGGAAUAAUCAAAGGAGUAAAAGGAUGAUAGAAGAACAGGCAAAGGAGGAGUUGGAAAUACUAGAAACCCAACAUCCCAACCGUUUUGAGUACCUGAAGCUUGAGCUCAAGUCCUUCAUCUUUCACAUUCAAUCCCAGAGCCAACUUCCACUUCCUGAGAACUACAGCUCCAGCUCCUUUCCCACCUCUUCUAUUGCUACCACUCAAGAAUCAACCAGUAAUAGGAAGAGGAAGGUAGGUGAUUGUCUUUGUGUAUUAAUGGAGGAUGGAAAUGAAUCACCCAAGAAGAAAUUGCAAAUGGGUACUACUAACAUUAUGGGAAACAUGAAGGGGAUCACUACUAAUAGGAAGACCAAGAAGAAGGAAAGGGUCGAUGAGGUUCUUGAGAGGGCUCAAGCAUGUCUCCAAAAAAUUCAGCACUUAAAAGCCUCUUUAUUAUUCUGCUGCUGAUGCCUUGUUUGUAUAUUAUGCUAAAAGAGCAAAUGUUUUGUACUUUGUAAUGAGAUGCAGA